UGUGCUUAUUUGUGAAGUUUACUGAUGGAGAUCGUUGGUUACAAAGCUUAACGGUAGGCGUUACAACCAAAAACAAAUCAUGAGAUGUCCGAUAUGCAACGCUAGAGUUAAGAAUGAAGAUGCAUUGCAAAUUCAUUAUAUAGAAAGCUGUGAAGGAGUUGGAAACGAAGAAAGCCCUGAUCCUCGAAGUGACGUUAUAGACGGACUGAAAAUGGAAAGAGCUGAGCCAGUUGAAGACUUGGUUGAAGUUGUUUUCAGGUGGAUCAAUACAAAAGACACAGUUCAACAAGUCAUUGUCCUUAUCACUUCUCUUGCUGGCCAGAUACAGAUGAAAAGAUCACGCAAUGAGGGGUCUUACAAGUCAGCUACAGUGAUUGUCCCAUGUGGUGUGCAUUCAUGCCAACUUGUUGUUGAUGAGGAGUGCUAUGCUGUUGUUGAUGUUGAUAUCAACCCUGCCUCAGAAACUGUUUAUAUUGUUCUACAAGAAGACUACGAAACUGAUGCUAGAGGCGAGGCAGCAAAUCAAACACCUCCGCAUUAUUUCAAAUCUAGUGAGUCGACCCCACCGAUACAGACAACAAAAAAGGGUGCAUGGGCUCAGGAUGAAAUUACUCCUAGCCAUGCAAGAAAGCUUUUAGAAGAAAUUCAAAGUAAGCAUCAGGCAUUUGCAGAAACAGAGGACGAAAGAACUUCAAUGUUGUCUCACGAUUCCAACUGUGAGACGAUGAGAGUUAAGAGAAGAGAGAAACAGCUUGAAGAGUUAGCAAAAGUUGAAAAGGAAAAUUUAACAGAAAUUGCGAAGAGUGGCCUUCAUCAGGUUCAGAUUCAUACAAACAGAGAAAAUGAUGUUGAAGACAGAAACUCGCAAAAGUCUUAUAGACAGGAAGAUGAUGAUUUAAAGCUGCGCGGUUCAGAAAGAUAUGGCAGAGGCUCGAUUCCAGAAAGACUAAACGAAAGCAGGGAUGGUGUGAUAACUCCGCCGAAUGGUUUUCAAACUACGUCUGAUAGUAAGUAUAGGAAUAGCACCAGAAGGCACAAAACGUUAUCAAAGAUAGCGAAGUCAAAGAUAAGUGCUGACUCUCUUUCAGAUCAAGGCUCGGUUACUGAUAGUUUGAAUGAGAGAAAAGUGCAGCAAACAGAAGGGAAUGACAACGAUAGUCAACUAGACGAAAAACAAAAAUAUUCUUGGGGAUUCGAGGAACCAGAAGAAAAAAGAGCUGUUGCUGUCUACAGAGAUAAUGAAGAUUCUUUUGGUGGACUCGAUAAACAAAGUGACAGUAGUUAUUCAAGAAAACUAAUGACCUAUAAGAAACAAGAAGAGGAUCAACGGAGGGUGUCUCCAACCUCUGAAGAAAUGAUUGCAGACCUCAUCAAGAAGUGCGAUGAAUACAAAGCCGAACUAGAAAAAGCCAAGGCUGACAACGAGGAUACGCAAAUUAGAUAUGAUAUUGUGUUAACGAAGUCACAGGAUCAAGAUGAGGAGCUGCAGAAUAAAGAUGAAAAAAUUGAAGAGCUACAAGCGAAAUGCGAUUCAUAUGAAACAGAAUUAGAGAGAAUGAAGAAUGAAAUUUCAGAUAUCACAAAUGAUUUUGGAAAAUUGCAAGAGGAAAUUGAGGUGAAACGUGAGGAAGUUGCUAUGCUAGAAGCAAGACUUGAAUCAAUCCUUCAAGACAACAAAACAGUUAAGGAAGAGAAUGAAAGCCUUCAAACUGCAAACAAACUGCAAAGAGAGGAUAUGGAUCGAAUUAUCCAAGAUGAGGUAGAAGCUUUGAAAAGCAAAUUCGAUAGCGUAAAAGUUGGAACCCGAUCUUUUCAAUACGAGGAGAUGAGGAAAAUCCGAGAGCUACAAUCAGAAGUAGCAGAACUGAAUGAGGAAAAUAAGACAUUGAAGAAACAAUUAUCGAGGAUAAAGAGGGAAGUGAAUUCAGCUGAAAAAACCGUUUCUGAUGGUGACGAAAUAUACUCACGGGAAGCUUCAUAUGGUUUGACAAGGGAGCGGCCAGACAGUUAUGUAUCACCAAGAAUUGAGGCUGACAAGGGAAGAUCUUAUCGAAAAGCCUUAUCCUAUAGUCCGAGUGAUAAUUACGAAGCAGAACCUCAAUCAUUGACGCUUCAGCGAAGUCGUAGUGAGUAUCAUGAACACAAUAGAACAAAGCAGGUCCCGGAGAGGAGCCAUCACGUAAAGGAAUACUCGGAUAGAAAUCACAAUAGUCUCUUGGAUGACAAUAUGACAGCAAGGCAGAUUCGAGAUUCCUUUUCAAAGCGUCAUGGCACCCCUGUGACUUCAGGCACAAGUCCAUUAAAAGCAUCACAUUUCGAUUAUAUGGAUAAUUAUAAUGAGAAUUUAAGAAAUUCAGCUUGGGAUCAACCAGACAAUGUGGAUACCAAAGACUUUCUGAGGAAAGAGAGACGACCGAGGCGUGAAAGACCACGAUCCUACCAUGGAAUGUCUGCCAGCGAGAGUGAUUCUAGACACAUGAGCCGAAAUUUGGCUCCGUUUGAACACGAACAAGACGACCCGUACAUCUACACUGUCAGCAAAGGAUAUCCCAGUCGCCACAACGCACACACGACGUCACCCCAGGAUCACUCAACUCAACAUCUGAAGCCUUUUGCUCCGAAUUCGAUUGACGAUAUCUUAAUAGGAAUGAAAGUUUUGAUAACGCGAAGUUCAAGCUCGGGACGCAUAGGCAAAGGUGUUGUAAAGUGGAAGGGACGACUCGCCGGACACAAUGAACAGUUCAUUGGAAUUGAGCUGGAGGCUCCAAAUGGCAAGCAUGAUGGGAUAUUCGAUAAUUGCAGAUAUUUCUACUGCAAGAAAGAUCACGGAGUAUUUACAAAGUUUUCAAAAAUUGUCAUGGUAUGGGGAUCAACUUGAAAUCAGCAGAGUUUCCUUUGUUGUUUUGUAAAUUUUGCAGAACAUAGUAAUAUGCGGCUGUAUGUUAGAAAACCAUUUUAAGAAGUUUACAUCAACAUUGAUCCUUCGCGACCCAAUCCUAUCCCACCAUGCAAUUUAAAUUAAUCUAAUAUCGCCAAGGCCCCUUCAAGAACAAUAUAACCGACCUCACGUUUCAAGCAUUUUAUAAACAAGAACGUAUAACAACAGAAAUAUGGCCGCCGAAGGCGACCAAAAGCAAUAAUCAAUUUUCAUAAAUGGUCAACUUUUCACGUUUAGAAUAUAGUAAGACAGGGCCUUUCAACUCAAAGCCCCACCACUGCAAGUGCUGAAUUUGCUUGUACAUUGUUGAAAGCAGAUCAACAGGGGCUGCUGCUUAGGCUGCCAUUUGCCACUGCUUCCAAGUAGCUCGAGUUUUGCCGUCUAUUUCCAAGAAAAAGCAUUCAAUACGAAUAAAGUAAAAAAAGAAUUUCAAGUUCCUCUUCACUUUCAUUUGACUUGUCGAUCAAUUUAACUACCCUUAUAGGACUGCCGUACAUGUUUUAGUCAGAUCCGUCAUUUAUAAAUGUGAUGCAAGCAUUGUUUUUGGCACGCGUCGUGCAAUGGAUCGAUUUUGAUAGAGACUCUUUAUGACAUAGUAAAGUAUUUUUAUGUGGCUAAGAGAGUGCAAUUUUGCAGCUGCGAUUUCUAUUUUUUGAAUUUGGAUGCUUGAUUCUCGCAAAGAAAGAAUCGAUGCAUGGUAGCAACGCUUAUGUUUGUACUGACCCUAUGUCUUUGAGGAUUUUGAUAUCCAAUUAAUUUAAUGUCAAGAAGGUAGUGGGAUAAUAACAGCACUAGAAAGAGUAGUGUCCUUUUUACAGACACCCAGUUCUACGGGCUAAGUUCAAUUUUUCUUUAUCUUUGGCUAAUACCUGUCUUUUCAACUCGAAAAAUGUCUGAAUCUUUUUGAAUAUGUCGAAUAAUAAGCUGCUUUAAAAGAAAGCAGAAUCCGCGUACAUAAAACCUGGUAUUUCUAAAUCCCGAACAAAACGCCUCACGUUUUUUCUCGUGUCGACAAAUCUCACUUAUUAAGAUUUUUAAGUUUCCUUUUCAAUUUUCCACAAUAUUAUUUGGGAAGAUGAUAAAGACAAAGUCUUCUGAUGAUUUGGUCAUCCCUUCAUCUUUAGGGCAAAGAGCAUGCGUAAUAAUGAUUAAAGACAAUGCGCGUUCCCUGUGAUCUUAGAGAGUAGGAUUGUCUCUCUCAUAAGAAGAUUGUUCGUCAAAUCAACAAAAUCGCGCUUUGCUUCCAACGCUAUUGUCAAAGUUUAUCAACAAAGUUUCUACUCGAUAACAGCGAGAUUAUUUCAUUUUAGGUUACUGUUUAAAGUUUUAAAAGUAUCAUUUAGUUUUCAAGAGUAAACCUUUUUUGGAAAAUCAAUAGCCAGAUUAAGUCAUGUGUUAACAGUGACUGCAGUUUCUCUGCCCCCUUUGUGAUUACAUCUUCUAAUUUAUAUCUUUCACUUUCAUCUUUGGUUGUUAUGUUUACAAACGUUCCUUCUCGGGGUUUUUUUAAUUUGCCUAGCUUUCGUCAAAGGAAUUUGCGCAACCUGCACUCUUUGCGACUAUAAUUCAAAAACCGGCCUAAUAUCUUACUGCAACAAAAUACAAAACGGUCAAUUUCUCAAGACAGCUGCCGCUAAGUAUGACGGUUGCGCAAGAGCCUUUAAGGUUGUGAUUUUAGCCUUCCCAAAAAUUCAGGUAUUCUUGUGAGUGAUUUUUAUCAUAAAAAAAUGUUUGUGAUCUUAAAAUUGAUGUUUUAGAAGACACUGUUUUGAUUUGUUUGAUCAAGUAGUUCGCAGUUUGCAUUUCCUGUCGUCAGGUUACAAUAUUUGUAGAUAACUAUCGACGUUUACCUUUCAGAGCUAUAUUUUAUAUCUUUAGCUUCCAUCUAAGCGUCGUGUCGUUUUGUAUGUCACGUUAAAUCGUACCCGUUUUCUUUCUUCUUGAGUGCAGAAAGCUUUAUGCUCUGCCUCUCCGUAAAACAUUUCAUGGUCGCCUUUUUUAUAUACUUUUCCUUUCAAUUUGUCUUUAAAAUGCGUUUUCAUGCAAAUUUCUCUAUUUCGUUUCUUAUUCAUUUUUUUUUCUUCCCUUCUCUCUUGUCCCCUUUUUUUACUUCAAAAAUGGCUUGGAAAAAGCAAGCAUUAUGAAUCAUACUAGAGCUUUUUGUCUGACACUCUCAAGAAUAUAAAACGUCAGAACAUAGAUCGAAAACUCUACGCUAGGAAAUAUAGGUACCCAGUUGUGGAUCAGAAUAGGCCAAUCAGAAACGCGACACAUGACUGUUGAGGUUGACCAAUCAGUUCCGCUUGCCUGAAGCGUGUCAGACGAAAAGCUUUAGUAUGAUUCAAAAGGUUUGUUUUUUUCAAAGCCAAUUUCAAAUCUUUUUACCACAAAAAAUUGUUUGUAUUUUUCAUAUUAUUGAUUUUGUCUUUGUACUGUCCUUUUUUUCUCUAUCCAUUUUCUGUUAUGAAUUUUCGCUUCUUCUCUAUCCUCUCUUUAUCGUGUUCUAUCUCCGCAGCAUUUGAACAUUUAUACAUCAGAGCAAUGUAUUGCUGUAGAGUUGUAAAUAAAGUAUCAUUCGCCCCUUUAUUGUGGAAAUACUAUCGUAAUCAACGUAUGCUGGUUUACAGAAUAGCGUUCUUUAUACUGCCUUUUUAAGGCAAGCCAAAGGGGUCGUUUAACAUUAAGAAGGUCAUUUGUAUAUUGUAUUCGUCUACUUUUUCUUAGCUGUAAAAAUAUCGUCUGUUCAUCAUCGUCGAUAUCUUUGGGUGUACUGCCUU